AUGGAUGAAUUUAAUACCGAAGAUAUUAUAGAGCCGAUUGGUUUAGGCUGCUCACUUGAAAGAUUUGUGGAAUGGAAAGAGAUUUUAGAUCUUGUCACUUCCUUAAAAGAAACAACAGAAGUCACAGAACAACCUGUAAAUGGUCGUUCAAGUGCAGAAAAACCUUAUGAAAGGUUUAGGUAUAUUGUCGAUCAAUAUAAAGAACAGCCUCAUUUAUUGGACACCUAUUUAUCUCAAAUUUUGGAUGAAAUAAUUUUCAUAGUAAGAGGAAAUAACUUUUGUGAAAGAAGUAAGCACCUAGCAUUUCAGUAUAUGCGUUUAAUUACAAAUGUCAGGGGUACAAAAGUUAUUCUGCAACAUUUGCCUCACUCUGCUCAAGAUUUAGAACCUGUCUUGACUAUGCUUGAAAAUCAAGAUGAAAAAGACAAUAAUAACUGGGAAACAAGGUACUGCUUAAUUCUUUGGUUAUCCAUCAUUGUGAAAAUACCAUUUCACAUGUCGAGACUAGAUAGCAAUGAUGUUGGCAAAGAUUCUACAGUUAUCCAAAGAUUAUAUAAUAUCUGCAAAAAGUAUGCAAUGGUCGUUGAUCUCUGUAGAGAUGCAUGUGCAUAUUUAACCUCUCAGUUCCUCACAAGAACAGACACGAAAGAUUGUUUGUUGCCAGAGUAUUUUCAGUGGGCAUGCGAUUUGAUCACUCAAGAAAACUUAAACUGGAUGCGUUUUGGACCUAUGCUAUCAAUUGCAGCUAUUUUGAAGUAUGGCAAAAGGGAGGAUUUACUCCCUUAUGCUCCAAAAUUACUGAAAACAAUGAUGACCAUGAAUUGGAAAAGUGAACCGUAUCGCUUGUGUAGAAAACUUGCCAUGAAAGUUAUUCAGAGAAUAGGCUUGACAUUUCUAAAAGCUCGUGUCAUUUCUUGGCGAUACAAGAGGGGUAUGAGAAUCCUUCCAAUUGACAUUUCACAAUGGCCCACCGGUGAUCAUAUCAAAACUCCUGCUCUCAACGUAAAGAAUGAAGAUGAAGCGGAGGAAGAUCUGGAAGUUCCUGCCGAAAUGGAAGAUAUUAUUGAAGAAUUAAUGCAGGGCCUGAGAGAUUCGGACAUUACUGUUAGAUGGUCAGCAGCCAAAGGAAUAGGACGAAUUAUGGGAAGGAUGACCAAACAGCUUGCGGAUGAUGUAGUUGUCUGUGUUUUGGAUCUUCUCAGCCCUCGGGAGAGUGAUUGUGCUUGGCAUGGAGGAUGCCUUGCGUUAGCAGAACUCAGUAAGCGAGGUCUUCUUUUACCUUCAAGACUUGAGGAAGUUAUUCCACUGGUAAAAAAAGCACUCCUGUAUGAUGAACCAUUAGGACAUACAUCUGUUGGAAGCCAUAUAAGGGAUGCUGCCUGUUACCUUGCUUGGACAUUUGCUAGAGCUUAUGACACCCAUGUUUUUGCUCCGUAUGUGCCUGAUAUUGCAAAUGCCCUUGUUGUUCUUACAUGUUUUGAUCGAGAGGUUAACAUACGUAGGGCUGCUUCAGCAGCUUUUCAAGAGCACAUUGGUAGGCAAGGCACUUUUCCUCACGGUAUUGACAUACUCACAGCUGCUGACUAUUUUACUGUUGGGGUUAGAACCAAUGCUUAUUUAAACAUAAGUGUUUAUAUAGCACAAUUUAAGGAAUACACUACUUCUCUCAUUGAUCAUUUGGUUGAUCGAAAAAUUGAACAUUGGGAUAUUGCCAUAAGGGACCUUUCGGCAAAAGCUUUGCAUAACAUGACUAAACAUGCCCCUCAGUACAUGCUUGAAAUUGUCUUGCCAACUUUGCUGCAGAAAACUAAUUCUAUAGAUGCAAAUGUCAGACAUGGUUCAAUUAUUUCAAUCGGAGAAAUUGUUUAUGCCCUUUCUCUAAUUGAUGAACUGUGUAUAGGAAAAGAAUUGGUGUGUGCUAUAAAUGAAAUUGUUAAAAAUGUGAAGAAAAAACACAUGUUUAAAGGGAUCAGCGGUGAGCUAAUGAAAAUAGCUUGUUGUCAGCUGAUUGACAGAUGUUCUUUGGCUAAGUUACCAGUUAAUGAUGAUCAAGUUAUCAGUAAGUAAA